CAGCAAAUCGUUUCGGACCCCAUGCAAGCUGUCAACGACGCCGUCGAAGAAGUAUCCAGUCUACUCAAUAAGUUUCAAGCAUGCGCUCCUGAUCUCAGCGACCCCGUGUCCGCUACCGCCUACGCAGCUGAGGAGUUAACGGAAGCAAAAGAAGGAUUUGUUCGCUAUUUUUCAGAUGAGGAAGAGAACUUCUACCUCAGCUAUGUUGACCCUGUGAUCGUCGGCCGUCAAGCUUUCCAUUCAACGAAUGAUUUUGUGGUUGGAGUUGGGGUCAAUUUGAGGGACACAGUGUGUGCUAUCGUGGACACGGCAUUAGAUAUUAUAUUGGAUAUAAAUAAAGGAAAAGUCGACCUCAGCUACGUAAACCCUGUGGUCGUAGGCAGAAGUGUCGUCCAUGUUACUAAUGACUUUGUGUGCGGAGUGGGGGGCUACAUCCAGGAGGUGCUAUGCGCCAUUUUGGACAAAAUUCUGGAUGUAGUGAAAGGAACCACGGAUAUUAGCUUCAUGGACCCUGUGGUCGUUGGCCGACAUGUCUUCAGUGUUACGAAUGACACCGUGAGUGGAGUAGUGGGCGACAUCCGGGACGCGCUCUGUGCCGUCGUCGACAUCGUACUGGAUAUAACAAAAGGAACCACCGACCUGAGCUUCGUUGACCCCGUGGUCGUCGGCAGAAACGUCUUCAGUGUUGCUAACGACCUUCUGAAGGGAAUAACAGGUCGCGUCCAGGAUGUGCUCUGUGCCAUCGUUGAUGUGAUACUGGACACAGUAAAAUACAUGCUGCUCGCUGUGGGAUUCAGCCCCACGUCGGCUCUGAAGAAAACAGCAGAAAUCACCACGGAGCAGAUGAACAUGCUCGCGAGCCACGUCUCCACAGCGCUGACGGGCAUCGUGCCCGAGGGGUCCGAUGAACCCAUGAAGGUUGUCGAGGAUUACUUGUUGGAUUUCUCAGACAAGAAAGAUUUAUUUGUGGCUUACAUGUCGAGCAUGCUUGUUGCUGAUCAAGAAGCUGUGGAUAUAAAGAUGGUGCAUCGGAAAGGUGAAUUUCUGCCACCUUUGGAAAAAGUUACAGAGAUCAUGCAAGCUGCCAAAGACGAAGCUGCUGCUGCUGCUGCAGAGUUAAGGGAAGCCCCCGACUCCGAGGUCAAGGAGGAGGAGGCUGAAGUUCCCUCUGAAGCUGCCAGUGAAGCAGACGAGGAGGAGGAUGUGAAACAUGUCGGCCUUGAAGAACGUGAACCAUCACCCGUCGAUGAGGGAGAAGAGGUUGACAGUGAAGAAGAGAACAAGGAGGAGGAGAUUACAACAGUAGGCGAUGCGGCAUACAAGGAAGAGACAGACAAUGAGGAAAGUGUUGGUACAGAACAGGAGGAGGACUUAGAAACAGAGGAUGAGGAGGAGGGAGAUGUUAAAACAGAUAUGGGAAUAGAAGAACAAGAGGAGGAACCAAAGACUGAAGAAGAGGUGGUACAAGCUGAGGAGGAGGAAGAGGAGAGCAAAGCUGAAGAUGUUUUGGUAAAAGGGGAGGAGGAGGAGGAGGAAACAAAGACAGUAGAAGAUGCAUUAAAAGAAGAGGAUAACGAGGAGACCAACAUGGACGAUUUGGUUGAGGAGGAGGAGACCAAAUCGGAAGAAGUUUUGGUAGAAGAUGGUGAGGAAGAAGUGGAGAGACAAAUGCAUGACGAUGAGGAAGUUGAGGUUGAGAUCAAAACUGAAGUACAUGAAAUGGAAGAUGAGGAGGAGACAAAGACAGGACUUGUGGUAGAAGAGGAGACAGAGAAGGAGACACAUGAGGAGGAGGAGGAGGAGGAGACCAAAACUGAAGUACAUGCAGUAGAAGAUGAGGAGAAAAAAACAGGACUUGUGGUAGAAGAGGAGGAGGAGACAGAUGAGGAGGAGACAAACACUAAAGAUGCAGUAGAAGAUCUUGAAGAGGAGCAGGAGGAGGAGGAGGAGGAGGAGACCAAAACUGAACUUGUAAAAACCGACCAAGAAUCUGAAGCUUCAGAUGUGGACAGUAUUGAGCAUUUGGAAGAGGAGGAGGAGGAGGAAGGAGAACAACUGGUCGAAGUGAAGAUAAUGGAAGUAGACCAUGAAGACGAAGACGAGGAGCUAUCGGUCCAACAUCUUGAUUUCGAGAUUAUGUCAUCCAGAAAACUCGAUAACGCCAGAGUUGUGCCCGAAUCUGACCGUAUUGAAGAAGAGGAAACAGCGGUUCACGACCCGGACGAAUACUCCGACAUCAACGACGAACUGGAUGAAGACAACAACAACAGUGAAAGUGUGACGAGUGGAGUGAAACGAAAGAGGAAGGUGCAUCACCCCUUUGAGAGGCUGAGAAGAGUCGGCUCCAGAGAAGAACGCCUCCACAAACAUCACAAAGACCUCAAAGCCGCAACAACUGAAAAGGAGGAGAGAAAAGAAGAAGCCAAAGUUAAAGAAAUCAUAGAGAUAAAACUAAAAGAAGAAAUGCUCAAGGUAAAGGCUGAACCACUUCAGAAGAAACCACAGAAGUCCAAAGAAGAAGUAUCUAAGAAGAAGGAACAACCUAAGAAACCAUCCAAAGAAGAGGAAGAAGUUAAGAAGCCUUCUAAAGAGGAGAAAGCAACAACAAAACCGAAAGGGAAGAGACACGUAGCAAAAGUAACUAAAGUUGAAAUAGAAGUGGAGAAACCAAUCAAAGGGAAAGAAGUCAAGACACACUCAAGGAAGGAGAAAGAUGUCAAGAAACCAUCUCCAGAAAAAGAUGUCAAGAAACCAUCUCCAGAAAAAGAUGUUAAGAAACCAUCUACAGAGGAGGAAGAAGUCAAGAAAGCCCUCAAAGAAAAGAUAGUAGUCAAGAAACCAACUGAAGAAGACAAAAAAGUAAUGAAACCAUCCAGAGUGGUGAAGCAAGUCAAAAAACCAUCCAGUGAAGAGAAAGAAGAGAAAGAGGUCAAGAAACCAUCUAAAGAAGAUAAGGAGGUAAAUAAACGAUCAAAAGAAGAGAACGAGUUCAAGAGACCAUCUAAAGAAGAGAAAGAGGUAAAGAAACAUCUUAAAGAAGAGAAAGAAGUCAAGAAACCAUCUAUAGAAGAGAACGAGGUAAAUAAACCAUCAAAAGAAGAGAAAGAAGUCAAGAAACCAUCUAAAGAAGAGAAGGAGGUAAAGAAACCAUCUAAAGAAGAACAGGAGGUACAGAAACCAUCUAAAGAAGAGAAAGAGGUCAAGAAACAUCUUGAAGAAGACAAAGAAGUCAAUAAACCAUCAACUAAGGAUAAAGAAGUAAAGAAACCAUCUAGAGAGACAAUAGAAGUAAAGAAACCUUCUCAAAAAGAGAAAGUGUUCAGGAUACUAUUUAGACAAGAGAAAGAAGUGAAGACACCAUCUGUAGAGGAGAAAGAAGUGAAGACACCAUCUGUAGAGGAGAAAGAAGUGAAGACACCAUCUAUAGAGGAGAAAGAAGUGAAGACACCAUCUGUAGAGGAGAAAGAAGUGAAGACACCAUCUGUAGAGGAGAAAGAAGUGAAGAAGCCAUCUAUAGAGGAGAAAGAAGUGAAGACACCAUCUAUAGAGGAGAAAGAAGUGAAGACACCAUCUAUAGAGGAGAAAGAAGUGAAGAAGCCAUCUAUAGAGGAGAAAGGUGUGAAGAAGCCAUCUAUAGAGGAGAAAGAAGUGAAGACACCAUCUAUAGAGGAGAAAGAAGUGAAGAAGCCAUCUAUAGAGGAGAAAGAAGUGAAGAAGCCAUCUAUCGAAGAGAAAGAAGUGAAGACACCAUCUAUAGAGGAGAAAGAGGUCAAGAAACCAAAAGAGGAGAAAGAAGUCAAGAAACCAGCUAGACAGACAAAAGUCAAGAGACCAACUCAAGAAGAGAAAGAAGUCAAGAAACAUCUCAAAGAAGAAAUAGAAGUCAAGAAACCAUCUAUAGAUGAGAAAGAAGUCAAGAAACCAUCUAGAGAUGAUAGAAACAUCACAACACCACUUCAAGAUGUUAGGAAGUCACCUAAAGAAGAGAAAGAUGUUAAGAAACAAUCUAAAGUAGAGAAAGAAAUAAAGACACAAUCUAAAAAAGAAGCCAAAAUACAUUCUAGGGAGGAGAAAGAAGUCAAGAAAGCCCAUAAAGAUGAGAAAGAGUUCAAGAAACCAACUAAAGAGGAAAAAGAAGUUAAGAAACCAACUGAAGAAGAGAAAGAGGUCAAGAAACCAGCUAGAGAGGAAAAGAAAGUCAAUAAACCAGCUAGAGAGACGAUAGAAGUAAAGAAACCAGCUCAAGAAGAGAAAGACGUAAAGAAACCAUCUAAAGAAGUCGAGAAACAAUCUAGAAAGGAGAAAGAAGUCAAAAAACCACUGAAGGAAAAGAAAGAACUAAAACAAACAUCUAAAGAAGAGAGAGAAGUCAGCAAACCAUCCAAAGAAGUUAAGAAACCAUCUCAAAAAGAGCAAGAGGCCAAGAAACCAUCGAGAGAUGAUAGAAACAUCACAACAUCACUUCAAGAUGUUAGGAAGUCACCUAAAGAAGAGAAAGAAGUUAAGAAACAAUCUAAAGUAGAAAAAGAGGUCAAGAAACCAACUAAAGAGGGAAAAGAAGUCAAGAAACCAGCUAGACAGACAAUAGAAGUAAAGACACCAUCUCUAGAAGAGAAAGACAUAGAGAAACCCCAUAAAGAUGAGAAAGAGGUUAAGAAAUCAUCUAAAGAGAAAGAAGUUAAGAAACCAACUGAAGAAGAGCAAGAGGUCAAGAAACCAUCUAGAGAUGAUAGAAACAUCACAACACCACUUCAAGAUGUUAGGAAGUCACCUAAAGAAGAGAAAGAAGUUAAGAAACAAUCUAAAGUAGAAAACGAAGUAAAGACACAAUCUAAAAAAGAGAAAGAAGCCAAAAUACAAUCUAGGGUGGAGAAGGAAGUCAAGAAAGCCCAUAAAGAUGAGAAAGAGGUCAAGAAAUCAUCUAAAGAGAAAGAAGUUAAGAAACCAACUGAAGAAGAGCAAGAGGUCAAGAAACCAUCUCGAGAUGAUAGAAACGUCACAACACAACUUCAAGAUGUUAGGAAGUCACCUAAAGAAGAGAAAGAAGUUAAGAAACAAUCUAAAGUAGAAAACGAAGUAAAGACGCAAUCUAAAAAAGAGAAAGAAGCCAGAAUACAUUCUAGGGAGGAGAAAGAAGUCAAGAAAGCCCAUAAAGAUGAGAAAGAGGUUAAGAAACCAUCUCAAGAAGAGAAAGAAGUCAAGAAACCAACUAAAGAAGAGAAAGAAGUCAGCAAACCAUCUAAAGAAGCCCAUAAACCAUCUCAAAAAGAGCAAGAGGUCAAGAAACCAUCUAGAGAUGAUAGAAACGUCACAACACCACUUCAAGAUGUUAGGAAGUCACCUCAAGAAGAGAAAGAAGUUAAGAAACAAUCUAAAGUAGAGAAAGAAGUAAAGACACAAUCUAAAAAAGAGAAAGAAGCCAAAAUACAAUCUAGGGAGGAGAAAGAAGUCAAGAAAGCCCAUAAAGAUGAGAAAGAGGUCAAGAAAACACAUACAGAAGAGAAAGAAGUUAUGAAACCAUCUAAAGAAGUCGUGAAACAAUCUAGACACGAGAAGGAAGUCAAAAAAGUACUGAAGGAAAAGAAAGAACUAAAACAAACAUCUAAAGAAGAAAGAAAAGUCAGCAAACCAUCUAAAGAAGUUAAGAAACCAUCUAAAAAAGAGCAAGAGGUCAAGAAACCAUCUAGAGAUGAUAAAAACAUCACAACACCACUUCAAGAUGUUAGGAAGUCACCUAAAAAAGAGAAAGAAGCCAAAAUACAAUCUAGGGAGGAGAAAGAAGUCAAGAAAGCCCAUAAAGAUGAGAAAGAGGUCAAGAAAACACCUACAGAAGAGAAAGAAGUUAUGAAACCAUCUAAAGAAGUCGAGAAACAAUCUAGACACGAGAAAGAAGUCAAAAAACCACUGAAGGAAAAGAAAGAACUAAAACAAACAUCUAAAGAAGAAAGAGAAGUCAGCAAACCAUCUAAAGAAGUUAAGAAACCAUCUCAAAAAGAGCAAGAGGUCAAGAAACCAUCUAGAGAUGAUAGAAACGUCACAACACCACUUCAAGAUGUUAGGAAGUCACGUAAAGAAGAGAAAGAAGUUAAGAAACAAUCUAAAGUAGAAAAAGAAGUAAAGACACAAUCUAAAAAAGAGAAAGAAGCCAAAAUACAAUCUAGACAGGAGAAGGAAGUCAAAAAACCACUGAAGGUAAAGAAAGAACUAAAACAAACAUCUAAAGUCAGCAAACCAUCUAAAGAAGUUAAGAAACCAUCUCAAAAAGAGCAAGAGGCCAAGAAACCAUCUAUAGAUGAGAAAGAAGUCAAGAAACCAUCUAGAGAUGAUAGAAACAUCACAACAUCACUUCAAGAUGUUAGGAAGUCACCUAAAGAAGAUAAAGAAGUUAAGAAACAAUCUAAAGUAGAAAAAGAGGUCAAGAAACCAACUAAAGAGGAAAAAGAAGUCAAGAAACCAGCUAGACAGACGAUAGAAGUAAAGACACCAUCUCUAGAAGAGAAAGACAUAGAGAAACCCCAUAAAGAUGAGAAAGAGGUUAAGAAAUCAUCUAAAGAGAAAGAAGUAAAGAAACCAACUGAAGAAGAGAAAGAGGUCAAGAAACCAUCUAUAGAAGAGAAGGAGGUAAAGAAACCAUCUAAAGAAGAGAAGGAGGUAAAGAAACCAUCUAAAGAAGAACAGGAGGUACAGAAACCAUCUAAAGAAGAGAAAGAGGUAAAGACACCAUCUAAAGAAGAGAAGGAGUUAAAGAAACCAUCUAUAGAAGAAAAGGAGGUAAAGACACCAUCUAUAGAAGAGAAGGAGGUAAAGAAACCAUCUAAAGAAGAGAAGGAGUUAAAGAAACCAUCUAUAGAAGAGAAGGAGGUAAAGACACCAUCUAAAGAAGAGAAGGAGUUAAAGAAACCAUCUAUAGAAGAGAAAGAGGUAAAGAAACCAUCUAAAGAAGAGAAGGAGGUAAAGAAACCAUCUAAAGAAGAAAAGGAGGUAAAGAAACCAUCUAAAGAAGAGAAGGAGUUAAAGAAACCAUCUAAAGAAGAGAAGGAGGUAAAGAAACCAUCUAAAGAAGAGAAGGAGUUAAAGAAACCAUCUAUAGAAGAGAAGGAGGUAAAGAAACCAGCUAUAGAAGAGAAGGAGGUAAAGAAACCAUCUAAAGAAGAGAAGGAGGUAAAGAAACCAGCUAUAGAAGAGAAGGAGGUAAAGAAACCAUCUCUAGAAGAGAAAGACAUAGAGAAACCCCAUAAAGAUGAGAAAGAGGUUAAGAAAUCAUCUAAAGAGAAAGAAGUUAAGAAACCAACUGAAGAAGGGAAAGAGGUCAAGAAACCUCAGACGGUAGAUGUAAAAUAUCCCGAUGAAGAAAAAGAAAAGAAGAGACACCCUGAAGAAGUGAGGAAACUUCUAAAAGAAAAGAAUGAGACAAAACCUCCCAAAGAAGAAAAAGUAGAAAUGAAGUCUCACAAAGAUGAGAAGAAAUUACCCAAAGAAAGGGUAGACAUGAAACCAUCUAAGGAAGAGAACAGACUGAAAAGGCCUCAAGAAGUGAUAGUAGAGAAAGUGAUAAAGCCCAAAGAACUGAAGGAAGUAAAGAGGGAAGAAAAGGAGACACCAAAGGAGGAGAAAGAAAUCAAGAAACCCACAAAAGAAAAUGAAAAAAAAGAGGUUAGGAAGCCAUCUGAAGAUAAGAAAGAAGUAAAACCUUCAAAAAAAGGGAUGGAAGACAAUAAGCCAUCGAAGGAAGAUAAAGAGAAAAUGUCUUCAGUGGACGAAAUAGAAGUUACUAAAGACUCAAAGAAGGAUAAAGACUCAAAGAAGCCUUCCGUGGAGGAAAGACCUGAGGAAAUGAAAGCAAAACCUUCAAAAGAAAGGUUGGUUCCAGAAAAGGUCACUAAAGGAAAGCAAGAACAAGAGAAACCUUCUAAAGAUGGAACAGAAUUGCCAAAAGUGUCUAGAACGGAAGAAAAAGAACCAAAAAAGCUCUCUAAAGAACACGAACAAGAGAAACCUCCCAAAGACAAGCAAGAGGCCAAGAUGAUUCCUGAAGAUGACAAGGUACCAAAGAAGACGUCGAUAGAACCAACAAAGCAAAUCAAGAAGACUCCUAAAGAUGAAGAACCUUUGAAGAAGAUUCGAGAUACCAAGACAGAUGCUGGACCCCAAAAGGCUGCAAGGAGGAUUAAAGUAGUCAAGACAGAGGUGUCAUCUGUUCUGAAGAAGGAACACCUUAAUGUCACCAAAGCAGCUGAAGAACCCAAGAGGGCAGACAAGGGGCUUAAAGCUGCAAAAAAGCAGACGAUUCCUCUCCUGAAAAAGAAGAACAUGAAUGUUACAAAGACAGAGGCUCCUGAAGCUCCUGAGGUGAAAGUCAAACCAGCGCCUGCAAAAAAAGCUGAUGAACACAAGAGGGCAGUCAAGGUGCUGACGGGCGCUCAACAGCAGGUCCCUGCCCUGAAGGAGGAGCACGUGACUGUUCCAGAGACAGAGGUUCCUGAAGCUCCUGAGGUGAAAGCCAAACCAGAAACUUCAAAGAAAGUGGCAGCUGAUAAGGAGCCCAAGAAGGCAGCAGAGGAACAAGUCAAACCUUCACCUGUAAAACCAGACGAUGGACCUAAAAAAGUUGCCAGGAGGCUUAAAGUCGUCCAGAAGGAACAUCUGGAUGUUACAAAAGCAGAUGUUUCUGAAGCUCUUAAGUUGAAAGCCAAACCAGCAGAGAAAGUGGCAGCUCAUAAGGAGCCCAAGAAGGAACCAGAGGAAACACCCAAACCAGCAGAAGCUGUUGCUCCUAAAGAAAAGGCCAAACCAGUCGACAUCAAAAAAGAACAAGAGGGCACGCCCAGAAAUGCCACUCUGGUGAAACAGAGAGUCAAAAUAGUGCCUAUGAAAAAAGAAAUCAAGAUGCCCAAAGAGAAAAUCACAUCAGUUUCUACAAAGUCGGCCGACGUUUCAAGACAGAAGCCCAAACCAGUCCUAACAAAGAGAGAACCGGCUCUUCUCAAGACAAAACCAGUCCCGCUGGUCAGAGCGGCAGAAGAACCACACAGAAAUGUCUCGAUAACAAAGGACAAAGUGAAGCUUGUGCCACUGAAGAAAGAAGCUGAGGUUCUCAAGGAGAAGAAGGCCGAGCCAAGGACUCCCACAACAGGAGCAGUUGUAAAAGAAAAGACAAUGGCAAAAACCUCACGGAAAGAACCCAAGACCAAGACAGUUCUUGCCAAAAAAGCACCGGAGGUAACGAAAGAGAAGCCCAAGCCAGCUCACGAGAAGAAAGCUCCUUCUAAAACGGAGGUCGGCCCAAAGAAGGAAACGCUUAAAUCCCUCCUAAAGAAGAAAGAGUCUACAAAGGAGAACGUCAAACCAAAAGCAUUGUUGAAAAGAAAGGCCAAAGCAGUCCCUGUAAAGAAAGAUCUGGAGACUCCUAAAGAAAAGGACAAACAUACUGCAGUGAAGAAAGCGGCUGAGGUUCUAAAAGAAAAGGUGAAGCUCACUGCAACAAGGAAAGAAAACACUGUUGAGAAGAGGGCAACCAAAGAAGAGAAAGCUAAAGAGGACCGAGUUCUCAAAGAGAUACAGGAGCCAGCAGAGAAAGCAGAGAGGAAAGUAUCCAAGGAGGAGGACAUAAAAGCGGAGCUUUCCGUAUCGGACAGCUUCCAGCUUGAAGGUGAGGACGAAUUCCUCUCUCAUAACCAAAAUAUCACACCUGGGUGCAGGCACGUGCACAGAUAGAGGCCUAGUGGUGCUCAAGCUCCUCCCCUUUUGCCCUGGAUGAGAAAAGUGCCCUUUUUACUGGAGCCCACUUUUUCUUCAUUCAUCAGUAUUUAAGAAUAAAAGUUUCUCUCUCUGUCAUCAAGUCCCCCCAAAUGUGUUUUAAUAUCCGACGGGGCAUUUAUUUGAGAAUUUCGCCCCGACAUGCUCCGGCAAAAACCCUGAUGAAAAGCAGCCCACGGACUUUAGUCACCUCGCCCGGACAAAGGAAACCGGGGCACUCUCCCGGAGCCAGACCCAGGAGGGGAGCUCGUCGGCGAGCGUCUGGUGGCCGGGCCUUCGCCUAUGGGGCCCGGUCGGGCUCAGCCCAAAGAAACGACAUCGAGCAGCAACCCUGUGGACCCACCACCCGCAGGGACAAUCAUCGGGGUCGGGUGCUAUGUAGACCGGGCGGCAGGCUGGGCAGGGGACCUGGGCGGGCCGAUCGCCGGCGACAUAGACUAGCUCUAGGGACG